UUCCACCACACCGGAAGUCUGAUCCAUCGAACAAUAAAACUGAUAUGUCGAAACUGAACACGAUUCCAUCUCUUCUUCACUCAUCUCUAGUUCUUGAACAGAAUUCCAACCGAUUUUAUUGCUUUAAAAGAUUCGUAAAUGUCUUAAUUGAAUGCCACAAAAUUUCUUAGAAUCUUAUAAAAGUCUUGAUUAAAUACUAUAAAAUAUGUUUACCAUAUAUAUAAAUGGUAUUUUAAAAACCUUGAAAUCUUCCAUCACACCCAGAAAAAUCAAUUUGAUAGUUGAGUCGUGAGGUGACGAUUAAACUAACAUGUCAGCACUAGACAGUUAAAUUACGCGUGCUGCGGGACCAAAUUAAAUUUUUUUGGGUUUGAAUCACUCUGGCGUUUGAAUCAAAUUUCCCUUUGGCCGAACAAAACCAUUUGCAUUGAAAAACACAUGCUCACGAAUGAAUGCAGAGACUCCAAUCCCUUAUUCGAGCUUCACCCAUUACACUACCUUCUCUGAAAGCAACCCAUUGUCUAGCAAUCAAGUCAGGUUCCAUAUCAGACCUCUACACAGCCAACAACCUCAUAACAUCAUACUCAAAAUGUGCUCAACUUCCCCUUGCUCACCAACUGUUCGACGAAAUGCCUCACAGAGAUACCGUAUCAUGGAAUGCAGUCAUUUCAUGCUACGCAAACACCGGAGACCUGGAUUAUACAUGGAAACUCCUCAACAAUAUGAGAAUCUCCGGUCACGUAGUUGACAGCCACACAUUUGGGAGCAUUCUUAAAGGUGUUGCUCGAGCUGGCGGCCUUGAUCUUGGAAAGCAGAUACAUUCGGUUAUGAUUAAGAUGAGGUUUAAUGAGAAUGUGUUUUCAGGGAGUGCGCUUCUUGACAUGUAUGCCAAGUGUGGUAGAGUUGAUGAUGCAUUGGUUGUGUUUCGGUAUAUGCCAGAGUGUAAUUUCGUGUCGUGGAACACGUUGAUUGCGGGUUAUUCGCGAGUUGGUGAUGUUGAGAUGGCGUUUUGGUUGCUGAGAUGUCAGGAGAUGGAUGGUGUUGGGAUUGACGAUGGGACGGUGGCUCCGCUUUUGACAUUGCUUGAUGGUGUUGAGUUUUGCAGCUUGGUAAUGCAGCUGCAUUGUAAAAUUAUGAAGCACGGGCUGGGGGAUUUUAAUAUUGUCUCCAAUGCUCUUAUCAUGGCGUACUCAGAGUGCUAUUGUUUACAAGAUGCUGAGAGAGUGUUCGAUGGUGCUGCCACGUGUCGCGAUCUAGUUACAUGGAAUUCCUUGCUUGCGGCUUACUUGCUUCACAAGAAAGAAGAUCUUGCGUUUGGAGUUUUCAUUGACAUGCAGAGUUUUGGGUUUGAGCCUGAUGAUUAUAGUUAUACUGGGGUCAUCAGUCAUUGUUUUGUCAAACACCACAAAAGCCGUGGAGAAUCUUUACAUGGGUUGGUGAUAAAAAGAGGGCUUCAGGUUUCUGUGCCUGUUUCUAAUGCUUUGAUUGCCAUGUAUCUUGGAUUUGAUAAUAGGGGCAUGGAAGAUGCAUCGAAAAUCUUCUUUUCCAUGGAUGUUAAAGAUUGUUGUACAUGGAAUUCUGUUUUGGCAGGGUAUGUGCAGGUUGGUUGGAGUGAGGAAGCCUUGAGGUUGUUUGUGCAAAUGAGAUAUCUUUUUGUAGAAAUUGAUGACUAUACUUUUUCCGCUGUCAUCAGAUGUUGUUCAGAUUUAGCAACACUGCAGCUAGGUCAACAGGUUCAUGUUUUGUCACUUAAAGUAGGCUUUGAUACAAAUAAAUAUGUCGGGAGUUCAUUGAUCUUCAUGUAUUCUAAAUGUGGUGUCAUAGAAGAUGCUAGGAAAUCUUUUGAAACAACUUUCAGUGACAAUGCAAUUGUUUGGAACUCGAUCAUCUUUGGGUAUGCACAACACGGACAAGGAAACAUUGCACUUGAACUCUUUAACUUAAUGAGAGAGAGGAAGAUGAAACCUGAUCAUAUAACCUUUGUCGCAGUUCUCACUGCAUGUAGUCAUAAUGGGCUCGUAGAAGAAGGCCGUAAAAUUAUACAAUCUAUGGAGUCUGAUUUUGGUAUUCCGCUGCGAAUGGAGCACUAUGCUUGUGCAGUUGAUCUCUAUGGUCGGGCUGGGCAUCUAGAGGAGGCAAAAGCUUUGGUUGAAACAAUGCCUUUUGAACCUGAUGCAAUGGUGUUGAGAACUUUAUUAGGUGCCUGUAGAAGUUGUGGUGAUAUUGAAUUAGCUAGUCAUGUGGCAAAAACAUUGCUAGAGUUGGAGCCUGAGGAUCACAGCACUUAUGUUCUGCUCUCGGACCUUUAUGGGCGUCUGAAGAUGUGGGAUAAAAAAGCUAGUGUAACUAGGCUGAUGCGAGAAAGACAUGUGAAAAAGGUUCCUGGUUGGAGUUGGAUAGAAGUGAAAAAUGAAGUGCAUGCUUUCAAUGCUGAAGAUCACUCUCACCCUCAGAGUGAGGAGAUAUACAAACUGUUACUACAAUUAAAAGAGGGGACUAAGUUGUUUGAUAAUUUUGUAGGUUAAACUUUAUAACUAGAUGGUUAUGAUGAUGAAAAUUUCUUAUGAUCAAAGUGUAUUGUUUAUUGGGUUUGAUUGGAAGAUUUUGAAGAUGGCGCACACUGUAGUUUUAAAAUGCAGUCUACAACAACAAUUUAUAUUGCAAAGCAAAGGAUUGAAGGAGUUCUUGCCAGCAGGUUCAAAAUGAGAAAGCCGCAAUUAAGAUGAUGGAUAAGCAAUCAUCAAAAGAAUUCCUUACUAAAUGAAAGCUUCUGACACAGUUCCAUCACUUGAACUUGAAAAGGGAUGAAAGACUGGCCAAGGCACAGGUAUUUGUUGGGCACAUAAGUGUCAAAUUAUGGCAAAGGAACAUGGCGUCAAAUCAAGUUUAAGACAUGACAUGGUGAGUGUUUCAAGUUGCUUUGGAUAUAUCUGGCCUGAAUUAUAAACAAAUAUUCUCUUUUUAGGUUCAUUGAGUAAUGAAUGUAUCUGGUCUACAUAAAGACCAGAUAUAUUUAUUAUUUAAUGAACCUAAAAAGAGAAAAUUUGCUUAUAAUAAUAGGCAGAGGGAGUACUUAUGAUAAUAAUCUUCUGUAAUUGGAAUCAAAGUUGAACCUGACUCAUUGGACUGUACUGUAUUAUAAAGGCAGGCCUAAAUGAGAAGGGAAACCAUGGUACUAAAAACUUGAAAACAUAGAACAAGAAACAUGUGCAAGCAUGUGCUUUCAGUUCCCACCACAAGGUCCAGCUAAGAAUCAAUGCUAGGCUAUACUAACAGCAUUAUACACUAUCAGCUCCUUGCUUCUCAAUCACUGCCAAUGACAGUCACUUGUUUGGUCUUAUGUAAUUUUUCAAAAACUGUAAAUUUCAGUUUUAUACUAUGGUAUUGAAUCUUGUGAAAAUAGUGUCUGUAGUCUGUAAAAAGGCUGCAGUAUCUAAACAAGAACUUCAUCACUAAUUCAAUGGUUUGUUAAAACCUUGCCUUUCUCUUUUAGCUACAUGACUCGUUAGGUAUAUUUAUCAUUUGAAUCUUUGCAUGCCGCACAAACAUAUCUACCGGAAAAUUUACAAUCCACAUCCUUUCUUAGAGAUCCAUUGAAAAUAUAAUAUUGACCCUGUCCAAAAGAGUCGUUCAUAAUGCUAUUGUUAAUGAAGCAUCACAAAACCAGACGUAUCCCUCGCCUCAAACUGUGGCCUACGACAACCACCCUUUCUUCUUGCAUAUAGAUGCAUGCUAGGUUACUCUACUAUGUCACAAAUGUUCCUGUCCAAUAGUCAUUUCUCUAUAAUUUUCAAGAAAAUAGAGAAGCACAACAAAAAUGAAAAACGAUUGUUGUCAUGGUCCGAAAGGAUACAUAAAUGGAUUUCAGAAGGACUUUAUGUAUCCUAUAAUACUAUGCAAAUAUUAUAAAUAUUUUAAAUUUAAACAUAUUUGAUUAAA